AUGGUCCUGUUGGACUGUAACGGUAUUCAGAAGGAGCUUCUUGUUGGCGACCGAAAUAGCCCGUCAUAUUUGCGACCAGUCAGGCUCCGAAGAGUUCUUCACGAUCUUGCCCAGAACACUUUGAUAGAGCUCAUCGAUGACGAACGAGAAGUAUAUAUAGUCCAUAGAAUGCUCCAAACUCGCCUAUUAGAGGACAUGAAGAAAAGUCCCGAACAGAGAGAACAAAUAUUCCGUUUAGCGUUUGAACUGAUCCGCAAGAAACUACCAACUCCCUCUAUUGACACCCCCGAGCCGGCUAAGUGGGGAGUAUUCAAGGAAUUACUUCCUCAUGUUUUAAGAUUGGAAAAGAUCUACAAAGAUCCUCUGGCAAAGCGCAAGGUCAAGCCAUUCAUCGAGCUCGCUGAGCUUUUUCGAGAUGGUGGGGUCGCCUUGUGGCAGCGAUAUGUGGCAAAUGAUGCAGCUAUCUUACUCCGAACGGCUGAAGACAUUCUCAGAGAAAUUGAAGGCAAUCACGAAGAUCUUUUGGCUGAGAUUAACUACACAAUAACUUUGAUUUUUCAGAACAAGGGCAUCAGCCAGCGCCGAGAAGAUCUUGCACGCUUCCAGAGCAUUCUUGCCUAUCGCGAGAGAGCAUUCAACGACAAGAAGCCAGAAGAUAUUACCCGGAAUGAUGAAGGACUUCUCUUCAAUGCACAAGCUGAUUACGCCAACGCGAUUCUAGCUCUUGGUAACUACGCUGAGGCUGAACUUAUCUACGAAAAAUGUCGAGAGACUUUAGUCCAGUGGGGUCAGGAUGAACAUCAGUUCUCGUUUGCGAAGUUGCAUCACCACAUGGCUUUCUGCAAGAUGUUCCGAGGUGACUUCAAAUGUGCUAUUGAUCUUGCACAACAAUCCGUCGACAUAAUCAAGAAGCUCGGCUAUAGCCAGCUUACAGCCCGUUACGAAGUGGACCUUGCCUGUAUCAUACUCCAGAGUGGAGAUAUUAAGCACGCACUCGAAAUACAGAAUCGCAUCUUGGCCUCCAGAACGGCAUUGAAGGGUAAAGCCUGUUAUUUCACUAUGCAAAGUUUAUAUGCUGUCGCUAGCCUUCUUUGGUACACUGGUGACUUGGAGGGAGCUGAAAAGCUUAUGCGAGCUGCUCUACAGAAGUCUGUUCAACGCGGCAUAAAGGGCUCAUGGCCAGAGCCUGCCAUUGCGCGCUGUCAGUAUCACUUGGCGCAAGUGCUGAUGAAGAAAAGCGAGGGGGAGAAAACAGCUGAGGUGUCUGCACUGUUGACGGACUCCAAAACUGUCUUGUCUAAAUUGCUGGCACAUGAUCCACUCAAAGGCGUCAGAGACGAAGACACCCUUGCACUGUUUGACCACCUUCAGCCCCUCUUUGGGGGACGAUUCACAGGUACCCAGCUAUUGAAAUACUAUACGCAGGACGAGUAA